UUAGAGGAGGAAAACAAGAAAAAAAAAUAUUCUGAACCAAUGGACUGCAGACACAGUACAGGAGAUGACCAGAGACUGCGGACACAGUACAGGAGAUGACCAGAGACUGCAGACAGUACAGGAGAUGACCAGAGACUGCAGACAUAGUACAGGAGAUGACCAGAGACUGCGGACAGUACAGGAGAUGACCAGAGACUGCGGACACAGUACAGGAGAUGACCAGAGACUGCGGACACAGUACAGGAGAUGACCAGAGACUGCGGACACAGUACAGGAAAUGACCAGAGACUGCGGACACAGUACAGGAGAUGACCAGAGACUGAGGACACAGUACAGGAGAUGACCAGAGACUGCGGACACAGUACAGGAGAUGACCAGAGACUGCGGACACAGUACAGGAGAUGACCAGAGACUGCGGACACAGUACAGGAGAUGACCAGAG